UACUGAAAUCGCCCAUGUUUAUAUUUCCAGUCAAUAGAUUUUUUUGUUUAUUUAAUGGGAACUUCUCAUUUUUGAAGCAGAUUGUCAAUAAUAUCCAUCUUCAACACAAACCCAGAUUCAGAUUUCUUCUCUUUUUGCUUCUUUCAUCUUCCCACCAUCAUUAUCUUCUAUAUACCUGGUUUGAUUUGAGCUCUUGUAGGUUGUUUUGUGCUUAAAAUUGUUGAUAAUUUGAGCUGUUUCUUCUCUGUUAUUGAGUUUUAUUUUUGUGUUUAUGGCUGGUCGUAUAUUUGAAACUUUGUCCUUUGGUGGGUCUCAACAUGGUCAAGGUAAUCAAUCUUUGCCAUUUUCAUCUGGAAAUACUUCAUUGAAGAUCUUACUGUUACAUGGUUAUUUAGACAUUUGGGUUAAGGAAGCUAAGAACCUUCCCAAUUUGGAUAUGUUUCACAAGACUCUUGGGGAUAUGUUUUCAAAAGUGUCUUUUAAGGGUUCAAAAAACAGUGAUGGGGAGAAGCCUCCAAAAGUUACUAGUGAUCCUUAUGUGACCGUUUCUGUAUCGAAUGCUGUAAUUGGAAGAACUUUUGUGAUUGAUAAUAGUGAAAAUCCUGUUUGGAUGCAACAUUUUAAUGUCCCUGUUGCUCAUUAUGGUGCUGAAGUGCAUUUUGUUGUUAAAGACCAUGAUGUUGUAGGUUCACAAAUCAUGGGUGUUGUUGCAAUUCCUGUUGAACAAUUGUAUUCAGGAGCCAUAGUUGAAGGAACCUACCCAAUUUUGAAUAGUAGUAGGAAGCCCUGUAAGCCUGGGGCAGUCUUGAGUUUGUCGAUUCAGUAUACUCCGGCUGACCGUGCGGCCAUUUUUCAAGGUGGAAUGUAUGCGUCUCCUGACCACCAGGGAGUUAUAGGCACAUAUUUUCCUCUUAGGAAGGGAGGUAAAGUUACACUGUACCAAGAUGCUCAUGUUGAAGAGGGUUGUCUUCCAACAGAAUUUAGGCUUCAUGGUGGAGUUCAAUAUGAACAUAGGAGCUGUUGGGACGAUAUAUCUGAAUCGAUCAGUCAGGCUCGCCGUUUGAUCUAUAUUACGGGCUGGUCUGUAUACCAUAGUGUUAAAUUGGUUAGAGAUGGAACAAGAAAAGAAUGCAUAUUAGGGGACCUUCUUAAAGCCAAGUCCCAAGAAGGAGUAAGAGUAUUGCUUCUUAUUUGGGAUGAUCCAACUUCAACUAGUAUGUUGGGAUAUAAAACGGUUGGGAUGAUGAAUACAAAUGAUGAGGAGACUCGUCGAUUUUUUAAGAACUCGUCAGUCCAAGUGGUUUUGUGCCCACGAUCCGGUGGAAAAGGUCAUAGUUGGCUUAAAAAACAGGAAGCUGGAACCAUCUAUACUCACCAUCAGAAGACAGUUAUUGUAGAUGCUGAUGCUGGAAAUUACAAAAGAAAAAUUGUAGCUUUUGUUGGUGGUCUUGAUUUAUGUUUGGGCCGAUAUGAUACCUCAAGACAUCCUCUUUUUCGGACAUUGCAAACUACACAUGUGGAUGACUUCCAUAACCCUAAUUUUACGGGUCCAACUACUGGCUGUCCAAGAGAACCAUGGCAUGAUUUGCACUCUAAGAUUGACGGUCCAGCGGCAUAUGACGUACUUGCAAAUUUUGAGGAGCGUUGGAUGAGAGCUUCAGAGCCUCAUGGCCUUAAAAGACUAAAGAAGUUACAUGAAGAUGUAUUACUCAAAAUUGAAAGAAUUCCUGAAAUUUUGGGGAUUGCUGAUGUUUCUCAAAUGUGUAAUAAUGAUCCAGAAGGUUGGAACGUCCAGAUUUUUCGCUCAAUCGAUUCCAACUCUGUAAAAGGGUUUCCUGACAAGCCAAGAGAUGCCAUAAGUAGGAACUUAGUAUGUGGAAAGAAUGUGAUGAUAGACAUGAGUAUACAUUCAGCAUAUGUUAGUGCAAUUCGAGCUGCUCAACGCUUCGUUUACAUUGAAAACCAAUACUUCCUUGGGUCAUCUUAUAAUUGGAGUGCUCACAAAGACUUGGGGGCUAAUAACUUAAUACCAAUGGAAAUUGCCCUUAAGAUUGUGGAGAAAAUCAAAGCUAAAGAAAGAUUUUCAGCUUAUGUGGUUAUUCCAAUGUGGCCAGAAGGUGUUCCUACAAGCACUCCUAUUCAAAGAAUUCUUUUCUGGCAGAGUAGGACAAUGCAAAUGAUGUAUGAAAUGAUAUAUCAAGCGUUAGAGGAGGUUGGACUUCACAAAACAUAUGAACCUCAAGACUACUUAAAUUUCUUUUGUCUUGGAAACCGUGAGGUGCUUGGUGUGAGAGACGGUGUUGAAGCCGGGAAUGGAGAAAAGAAUGCUCAAUCACUUGUUCGUAAGAGUCGACGCUUUAUGAUCUAUGUUCAUUCUAAAGGAAUGAUAGUAGAUGAUGAGUACGUCUUACUAGGAUCAGCAAAUAUCAAUCAACGGUCCCUUGAAGGUACCAGAGACACUGAAAUAGCAAUGGGCGCAUAUCAACCUCGUCAUACAUGGUCAUCAAGCAAACGCUCAAGCCCACGUGGUCAGGUGUUUGGAUAUAGAAUGUCAUUAUGGGCAGAGCACACAGGAACAAUGGAGGAAUGUUUUGAAAGACCAGAGAGUAUUGAAUGUGUAAGAAGAAUGAGGUCAUUGGGUGAGAGAAAUUGGAGACAAUAUGCAGCUGAGGAAGUGAGUGAAAUGAGAAGUCAUCUUCUUAAAUAUCCAUUACAAGUUGAUCCAACUGGUAAGGUCACCCAUCUUCCUGGCUCUGAAUCCUUCCCUGACCUUGGUGGCAACAUAUUGGGAACAUUCACAGUCAUACAAGAAAAUCUUACAAUUUGAUUCCCACUAUAUAUAAUUUUUUCUUCUUUUGGAAAUUCUUACCGAUUGUUUUAGUUAGAAACUUCAUAAUUGAGUCUUGUUUCUCUUUUCAUUGUGAUAAAUAUUACAAAGGGAAAAGUUAUAUAGAAAGAAACUUCCAUUGUCAA